AUGCCUCGCACUGAACUUGAGUAUCCCAAAGAGCCAUAUGGCACCGUCAAACGCUACAGCCCGCGUGCAUCUUACGCCCUCCGCACAAUCCACACCAUGAUAAACACAAGCCCAAUCCUCCACGUCUCCUUCAACGACCCGCAAUCCCCCUUCCCCACGAUCCUCCCCAUGCUCGGCCAAAUGGGCUCCUUCUGCCGCCCCUCCGCCGACGAAGGCGACGUCCUGGACCUCUACCUCCACGGCUACGUCUCCUCCCGCCUCAUAAACAUCUCCCGUCAACCCUCUGACGCCUCUCCUACGUCCACCUCUACCUCUUCUACCUCGUCUACUCCGUCUUCUCCAGGCCUCCCCGUCUGCAUCGCAGCAUCCCACCUAGACGGCCUCGUCCUGGCCCUGACCCCCAACGCCCACAGCUACAACUACCGCUCCGCAGUCCUCUUCGGCCACGCGACCCUCGUCUCCGACCCCGCGGAGCGCCUCUACGCGAUGCAGCUCAUCACGGACGGCGUCGUCCCAGGUCGCUGGGAGGCGUCCCGCGUGCCGCCCAACAAGGGCGAGUUAUCCUCCACGAGCGUGCUCAAAGUACGCAUCGCGACGGGGAGUGCCAAGAUCCGCGAGGGUCCGCCGGGGGACGAUAGGGCUGAUAAAGAGGAUGCGGAGGUUACGGGGAGGGUGUGGACCGGGGUCGUGCCGGUCUAUCAGGUUCUUGGGGAGCCUGUGGCCGGGCCGUAUAAUGAGGUGGCGGAGGUGCCUGGGUAUUUGGGGGAGUAUGUGCGGGAGACGAAUGCGGUGACGAAGGAGGCUGCUUUUGAGGCUGCUAGGAAGGUUGUCGCGAAGAGCGGGGGUGAGGAUGAGUGA